UUAUAUAUGAAAACAGUCUCAUCAGUGUCACCCUUCCACCCUUCAACGCUUUGCUCUCUCUGAUUUCAAACCCUAGGACUGCAAGAAGUGAGAAACCUGAAAUUUGUGUCUUAAACUUAGUAGUACACUUGUGAUGGCUUCAAAACGCAUUACUAAGGAGUUGAAGGACCUACAGAAGGACCCUCCUGUUUCCUGCAGCGCUGCAGGCCCUGUUGGUGAAGACAUGUUUCAUUGGCAAGCUACAAUUAUGGGUCCAGCCGACAGUCCUUAUGCUGGUGGUGUAUUCCUAGUGACCAUUCACUUCCCACCAGAUUAUCCAUUUAAGCCUCCAAAGGUCUCCUUCCGAACGAAGGUAUUUCACCCUAACAUAAACAGCAAUGGAAGUAUCUGUCUUGACAUUCUGAAAGAGCAGUGGAGCCCUGCUCUUACAGUUUCCAAGGUGCUACUGUCAAUUUGUUCCCUUCUGACAGAUCCUAACCCCGAUGACCCUUUGGUCCCUGACAUUGCCCACAUGUACAAGACUGACAAGGCCAAGUACGAGAGUACUGCCCGUUCUUGGACUCAGAAAUAUGCCAUGAACUAGGAGAUAUGCUUAUGGUUGGUUCUAGUGUGUAAAUAAAGUUGUGGGGAUGUAAGUUGUUAUAUACAAACAAAUAUAGUGCUUCCGCAUUGAUUUUAUAAUAAUUCGAACUUGGGAAAUGUUUAGGUUUAUUUAAAGGUUGAUAUAUCAGUAUUAGUUUAUGCUUGCCUUCA